AUGAAGGAAGCGGUUUCGUUGAACCAGGCGAUCGACCGACUGAAAGUCUUGAGGGAUUCGGGCCUUCGACAGAGCCAGGAGGUGGUCGAAUUGGCCGAAGUUAUCUUGGGGACUGCUGGACGAACCAGUCGGUUGGGUGAUGAUCUCUGGACGGUUUAUGAACAGGUCGCAGUGGCUGCAUUGGACGUCGGAAACGUCGAGCUUGCUAAGACGCUCAUCCAACGCUUAGAAGCUAAAUUUCCCAAAUCAGCUCGAGUGACAGUAUUGCAUGGGAUGUUGAUGGAAGCUCAAGGCGAUCUACUGGGUGCUAAGAGCUUUUAUGAGCAAGAGUUAGAGAAAUCGUUUAGUCCGAAGAAUGCUGAUUUAGGCAGUGUCGGAGAGCUCAACAUGCGUGUCCGGAAACGAUUGAUUGCACUCCACCUACACCAUUCACCUCCCACUUGUCCCCAAGCAUCCCAACCCUCCUCCUCAUCAUCAUCAACAUCGUCCACUCCAUUUUCACUCCACACAGCGAUUCAACUCCUGGUCGAUCACCUUGAUACCGUCUAUUCUGAUCCUGAGGGCUGGCUCCAACUUGCGGACAUUUACGCUAGUCUAGGACUAUACGAGCAAAGUCUGUCAGCCUUAGAGGACUUGAUCUUAAUCCAACCCGAAAAUACCUUCCAUAUCUUGCGAUAUGCCGAGACUGCUUAUACGGCGGGUGAAUAUGAACUCGAGUCUAAGGGUGGACCGUGUCGAAGAGCCGCACUUGGCUUGAAAGUCUGUAUUCAACGGUUACCGAAAUCAAGCACGAGACAAGAGAUUGAGAAAGUGAUCGAUGAGGCGUUGGUGACGUGUUAUAGUCAGGACUGGGUGCCCCUCCAACCUGGCUUACGAGUGGCAUCUGAACCAUGUAGAAAAGUCUUGAAAACAUUCCUUACUCAGCAUUCUUCAUCCUCCUAA